AUGUCAGGCCCGGGCCUGGCCCCGGCCUGGGUGCCCACCCACGUACAGGUGACGGUGCUGCGGGCGCGGGGGCUGCGGGCCAAGGCGGCGGCGGGCGGCGGCGGCAGCGACGCCUACACCGUGAUGGCGCUGGGCCGCGACAAGUUCUCCACCUCGGUGGCGGAGCGGUGCCAGGGGCAGCCGCUCUGGCGGGAGGAGGCCACCUUCGAGCUGCCGCCGCCGCCGCGGCCCGCCGCCCUCCGCCUCACCGUGCUGCACCGCGCCCUCGUCGGCCUCGACAAGUUCCUGGGGCGCGCCGAAGUCGACCUGGCGGCGCUGAGGGCCGACGGCGGCCGGCGGCACACCAGGUGGUACAAGCUUCGCUCCAAACCAGGGAAAAAGGAAAAGGAGAGAGGGGAGAUCGAAGUGGAUAUCCAGUUUAUGAGGAGCAACAUGACAGCCAGUAUGUUUGAUCUGUCCGUGAAAGACAAGUCUCGCUCUCCCUUUGGCAAGCUCAAAGACAAGCUCAAGGGGAAGAGGAGCAGUGGCCUUUCCGACACGGUGUCAGCGAUCAUUCCCAGCACGAGUCACUCCCCUGCUGACAGCGAAGAUGAGUCAGUUGAGAAGGAGAAGAAGAAAUCAAAGUUCAAAACCCUGUUUUCCAAACCUGGCCUGCAGAAGACCUCCCUCUCCCAGUCCAUGUCAGUCCUGCCGACGCAGCAGCCCGCCACCGAGAGGGUUCGGCUUCGGCCCAGCGACUUCCAGUCGCAAUGGGACAACGAGGAGUCCGAGACCUCUUCAACCUCAGAAAAAGCCUUUGGAAAUGCCCUGGAAGAGAAGUCCUCUCCUUCUCCUGUAUUCAAAUCUCGUAAAACAGCAACUUUGGACAACAGGCAACUAAACCAAGUAACCACUAACCACACUAAGAAAGAAGGGCUCUCUUUAUUCAGUGGCCUUAAAUCCAAAAGCGAUCCUGUUUCCAAGUCUAGUCUGUGUAUCAACGGCAGUCACGUUUAUAUGGAAGAGGGCACGAAGAAGGACAACACUCCAGCCUCUUCCCCCUCUCCUCACAACUUCAGGAGGAAGCAGGUCUUUGCUUCAGAAGAGAACCUGUCUUCCAGAUCUACUAAAGGACCUGAAGAGACGGGAAGAACAUCUCCUAGUAAUGCUUUCUCUGGGUCUGCAUCCUUGGAGACCUUUAAAUCUAUGACUUUGCCGUCAUACAAAUUGCUUAGCAGUGAAGAAUACCUGGAAACCAGCACUCCUCCGAGUGUCGAGGUUAUUAAAGAGACCAAAAAAAUGGACCACAAAAAGUCUGCCUUGCUGUCUCUGGUCACUGGGAAGAAGGAAGCAGUGAAGACCAGUGAUGCUGAGAAUAUUCCCGACAGGACCUUGCAGGAUGAGGAAAACAAAGUUCCAGAAGAGAAGAGUGAACAAGAGGCCAAACAUCUUGAACCUGCAGCAGAUUUAAGCAGGGGGAAUCCUUCAGAAGACAGUCACCGCGCAGAAGAUGUCUUUGCAAGUAAGCAGCCGCUCAACCCUUUUGAGGAAGAACGGAAACCUGAAAAAGCUGCUGCGCCGGCGAAGACCAAAGCUGUCAAGCCCAGACUGUGCGUGUCUUCAGAGGAGGAAACCAAAGCCACGCUUCCUACUCUUGCACCUGAUUCCCUUCCUGCUUUCCUUUCUGUACACCGUAUCAAUAGUGACAAUAAUCCUUUUAUUUCUAAAACAGGACACAAAGUCCAAGUGCCAGACUCUGAAAACAUUACUAGUUCUCCUGCAUCUCUUACUUCUCCUCCUCCUUUUGCUGCAGAGCUUUUGAAUGGCAAGAACCCCUUUACUCCCGAGUGGGGCAGGGCAUCUGCAGCCCUGGAUCCCGAAGGCAUUGCCCGUUUCCCUUCGUCCCAUCAUCUUGCAGCCUCUGUUCCCAAAUCGCCUCUUCCUGGGCAGGUCUCUGGUAGUGGUAAUAAUCCUUUUGCUUCUGAAUGGGGGCAGAGCUCCUGGGGCCAGGGUCCUGAAAGCUCUGAUACUUGGGCUUCCCGGGGUCUCUCUCGCCCCCCCGCGCCUUCUCUCCCCUCUGAUUGUCAUUUUAAUGACAAUAAUCCCUUUGUAGCCAAGCUUGGGUGGGAAGCCGAUGCGCCAGGUUUCAAAGCUGUUGCUAGUUCUUCCCCUUUCUGCCUGCCUUGUGAUGAACACUGUUCCUCAGCAGAACACCCUGCUGAGCUGCAACACUCUGGUCGCGAUGCUUCAGGGAGCUCUUCAGAUGUGCCUUUAACUGGUCAUGUCAAAGCUGUAUCAAACCCUCUCAGCACCCUUUCUGACAACCCUGGUCUGGCUCCAAAGCAGCAGUGCGAUUCUCCCCAGCUUCAGGUUGAGACUUCUUUGAAAAGAAGUAAGCUAGGCAACAGGAAAUCUGUCCCCUUUGUCCUUGACAGAUCGGAGGGUGUUAUGUCAGGUGAUGAGGAUUUGGGUGGGCAGGAGCGUGAAAAGCAGCGCUCUGAUUUCAGUGAAAUGUUACUUAGGGGUUCAGGCGCAACAGGAGAGCGAGCAGGGUUUGCUCGCGAACUGGAAGCAGGGUGCUACCCGUCGUCAAAACUCUCUAGUGACAGCAUAGGUCCCAUCCAAAACGGCAAGACCGCUGUUCAGGGUGGUGUGGAAGUAGGCGGUGUAAGUACUGAACCCUGCACAAAGGACGACAAAGGCUUUGCGUCUCUCUCGAAGUGUAGUAAUAGCCUCUUGCCAGAGAUCGGUGCUGAACAGCCACCUUCUUCCGAGAGUGAGCUGAAAGAGAAGCAGGAGAUCUUUGGUGAAAAGAGAUGGGAAGGAUGCGCACCCACGUUAGAACCCCAAGCAACUCCACUUGAUAAAAAUGACUCAUUUUCUCAAGUAGGACCUACCAAACCAACCCUGGGAGCUUGCACGCUGUCCCCUCGGGAAGCCGAUGUAGGGAGGGCUGGCAGUGAGGUGUUAGUCACUCCAAAGCCAGCACCACGGCUGUCUUUAACGCUGAAAAAGUGCCCACUGGUUUCUCAGGCUGAUGAGUUAAGCAGUGAUGUGCCUUCUUCAGGCAAAGGUGUAAAAUCUGCGCCUGGGCUCCCAUUACCUAGUGAUGAAGCCUCAGAUGCUCAUGGGUGCCUCCCCCAAAGUGGCUCAUUAGAGACUAUCACUCCACCAGUGACGCUCAGAGACGACAGCAAUAAUAGGCAGUUAAAAAAUGAAGGUGACGACAGUUUAUUUGACUGUCUUACAAAUCUAAAGUCUGCCAUGCCCGUUACCGGAGACCGUGGUUCGAAACUGGCCGGUCUUCCAGUUAUUCCGGAGGGGGGCUCCGAUGACGAGCUGCUAGGUGACUGUCAGGAGAACCGCAGUGUCGCUGCAGGUGAUAAAAACGUUUCAGAGACUGGAAGGCAGUCCCUAGAUUUAAUGCUUUUGCAUGAAGAAUUGAAAGAGCACUCUGAUAGCUCUGCUGCAGCCCAAGUAACCCCAGCCACUCCAGGAGGAGGAAGUGCUCCUGGUGCUUGUAAGCCAAGCAAAUCAGCCGUGCUGCCUGCCCGAGUAGAUGUUCACAGUGUCAAUAACCAGGUAGCUGACUCAGGCUUAGGUAAGUCUCGUUCCGGGGAGCGUAAUAGUAAUUUUGAGAAACAAGAACUGAAAAUAAGUGCAGGUGUUGAGGAGCGUGCAGAGUGUGACUUCUUUGAGCCUUCUGUUUCCUCUUCCUCCCUCUCAAGUCCUUCCCAGCCCUGCUCUUCCUCUCAUUCCCUUCUCUCUGACACCCCAAGUCAUAGAGCAGAGUCUCCGAAAAAGCCAACAGCCGAGGGCUUCGCAGAUAAAGCAGGAAAUUCUGGCAAGAAGAAGCUUCUUCAGGCAUGGGUUUCACCCUCUGAAACAUACCCUAACCAAACUCAGCAGAGUGGUGAAACCAUGUCUCCUAAGCACAGACUCCAUCCUGUGAAGCCAAUGAAUGCCACAGCAAACAAGUCUCAAAGUAAAAACCUGACUGUCAUCAGCACUAUGAAUGAAAAGCUGCUCGAGAUGAACGUGAAGAAAUACGAUCCUUCAGACCCUGCCUAUGCUUAUGCUCAGCUAACACAUGAUGAGCUGAUCCAGCUGGUCUUGAAACAGAAGGAUACAAUUACCAAGAAAGAUCUCCAGGUGCGUGAGCUUGAAGACUACAUCGAUAACUUGCUUGUCAGAGUCAUGGAAGAAACCCCAAACAUUCUUCGUGUUUCAACGUCUGGAAACAAAAAAGCUGGAAAGAUGUAAAGGCUCUCGGAAUGUUGGUUGAACAAAGGACUGAGUUCCCACCAGUGGAGUCUGAUGAACAAGGAGACGAUGUGAAGUAGGUGGUACCGGUUGUGCUGCCCACAGAAAAUGACCACUUGCCUGUUUCUGCCUUGAGCAACUCUCAGUUUGAUUAGUAGAUACAUCAGGUCUUGUCUAUGGUGUCCAGAAGUGGAGUCAACUUAUCAUAUUUAUUUUUUGGUUUCUUUCCAUUAUUUGGGAAGAUUUGUUCAGGCAUCUAAUCCAAAGGCUGAUUGCGAUAGGAAGGAUGAAGGGUUUUUGAUGUGUUUUGCUUGCCAGCAAGGCACUGAUGAUCCUUUAUGAAGAUUUUUUUUUUAAUGGUUUUGUUUCAUAGCAGCUUUGAUAGACCAAUUACUCUUCUUUCCAUAUCUUAAGUUGUAGUGCAAUAUAAAAUCUUGUACAGUAGAGCUUGAGGAUUUGAUUGUUUUUAAAAAAAAAUAUUAAUAACUACACUGGAGAAGUCCAAAGAUGUGUGCUUCAGACCAGGGCUGUGUGGGCUGUAUUUUAAAAGUAAUUAAUGCCCUAAAAGUUGAAUGCAAGUUAAACCUUAGAUUGGAAAGGAAGAAGCAAAGCUUAGUUACUCUCAUCAAGUACAUACUCUUUCAAAGCAGUCCUCCAAGGGGAAGGCUUACAGGUGGUUUUGGUAUAGGAAACAUUGAGGUGUCAUGGUACGUUUGUCUACCAUAGGAAUGGUAGCAAUGAAUUUGGGCCGAAGGUGCAUUUUAAAUCAGAAGCUGUUCUCUUGUAGACUUCAAAUUCCUGAUUCGAAGGUCGUUCAAACGAGGGAGGCAAAGGUACGCCUAGUUUCUGUUCUGUAGUCUUAAAUAGGUGUGGAUUUCACAGUACACGUGUGUGGCCUGGGUCUCUUGCUGUAUGGGAGUUCUGUGACGAUUUUUCUUUUACACCAUUGCAGUUUAUUAAAUUUAAAUACCUUGGAUUUUGGAGCUGGGGCUUACCUUGGAACGACCUUCAAAGGUGAUCAGUCUUACAACGCUCUCUUUCAUGCAUUCCUCAUACAGCCAAGAGAGGAACCAAAUCGCCCUCCCCGGGGAUGGGAGCAGUCACAGCGCUAGUGCUCAAAUCUCAUUUGGUGUUCUUUGUGACUUGCUGCUCAGAAUGGAAUGAAAAAUUUAUGUAGCUGAGAAAGAGUGCUGGUUUUGCUAGACAAUCGAUACCUCUCAGUCUGCUUCCUUAAUGUGUGGCUGCUUUGGAGCUCAAUAGAGACAGGUAUGUUCUCCUCCCCACCUCAUCGGACAGCAAAUAACAGCAUAGCGCUAUCGAGCAGCCACCACAACAGGCUUCCUCCAUGGAAAAACUAAAUGUGGCUUUUUUUUUGGCAAGCUCUUGUCAAAGAUCAAAAAAAAUCAGAUGCCUCUUUGCAUCUCUGGGAUUUAUCAGGGUUGCGAGAGUCCCUAAAAGGCUUAGAAGAAAGUUGAAAUACGAAGAGUGGGUAGCAGAGGACCAAAGCAAACGCUCCUGCCUUCGCAAGUUGAAAGGGUCUGUUGGGUCACUCCUGGCCUAGCUCGGAAGGGGUGAGUUUCUAACUCAAUUUUUCUACAGCAAAGCACUUUAUUGAGGGACUAGACCCGCUGGAUCGACUAUCAACCUGUUAGUAGUCUGCUUACUAUUUUCAUAAAACACUGAAAACCGCUGGAGACUUCUCAAAUACUGUAUUUUUGUAGUGAAAAGUAGUUUAAUAUAUUUGCCUAGAGAUGUAUACAUUUAUUGGAAAAUUCAAAAAAUGCUGUUAACUACAUUUUUAUUACUGUAAACUGACUAACUACCAAAGUCUGGAGCUUUUCUGACAGAGCUGUCCUUUGCGGGAAGCUUGAGUUGAAACAAGCCUUAAGCAUUAAGAGUCUUCUAAGACUUCAGGUACUUUUUUCUAAUCUUAUUUUUAUUUGAGCAGAUGGCUUCAGUGAAGGGGUUAUUUCUUUUCUGCUGUACCCUUUUCUGUGAAUGAAGGGUCUGAAACGCAGAAGGUCUUAGUGGCAUCUUCAGCUCUUGGCUGGUGGUUUUAAUUUUGAGUGGUACUGGUUGGCCUUAUGGAAAACUGCUGCUGCUUCUCGUGCCUUGAAAUAGUGAGGAAGAUGAAGGAUUAAUUUGUUUCCUCGGUGGAUCUCUGGAGAGAAACGGUUGCCUAUACCUCACUAAUAAACUUGUCUUCUAGACUUUAUUCCACAGCUUUCUGAUGUUCUAGGUCAGAGAGUCAGAAAAACCGGUUGUGCCUUUGAACGGUGACUUAACAGUUCAAAAAUCAAAAACGGUAUUAUCGGUAACGAUAACUGGACACGUGGGAAGCAAGACUGGACUCUUGCUUUUUGCUGGCCUCAUUUUAAAGCAAUAUGGGUACUACUGAGUCGCUGGCUGCUGAAGGCACCACGGUGCUGUGUGCGAUGCUUUCGGAGUAUGGAUUUUAUGAAGUUUGGAUCCUGUGCAUGCCUCUUGGCAAGAAUGUGCAUCUUGAAGUUACGUGCACAGAAACAAAGCGGUAAUAUGUGCUCUUAGUGGUCUCCUUAGAGAUGAAGCUUUAAAACUUGUAAUAUCCUCUCCUGGCAGCCUUUUUUGCCGGUUACAGCCGUGUCCCUUGAGGUGGACCCUGGGUUCUGUCUGGCUUUUUGCCUCUGGGGUUGUUCUCUCUGGUGGUUGCAGGCGUCGAGCCUCCUGCCAGAGCAGCACGGGCGCUGCUGCAGGGUCACGGUCCUGCACCAGCCACAGCCAUGGCUGUGAAAGCAUUGCACAAACCUUGUACCUCAGUCUUUUAUUGGCAAUACUACUUAAAGACUUUCUUUGGCAUAAGGGGACUGGCAUUUUAUGUCCGGCGAGGUGCUUCACCUUGACUUUGAGGGCCUUAAGAAUCAAAUGUAUUGUUUUAUUAUUGAAGGAUCUGAAUGUAUUUUUCCCUGUUUAUACUGUCUGCUUUUAGCCUGGGUACCUAUUUGUUUUUAAAUGCCUUUUGGUUUCAUGGAACACUAAAAUAAAAAUAUCUUA